AAGUGCAGGUAGUGGUCGAUUCAAGAGCUUUUUGAAGUGGUCACACUUUAGUAUGUGUCAAUUUAAUCGUUCAUUUAGUGACCAUCAAAAUCAUGCGAAACAUCUAUAUAUGCAGACUGAUUGCACCUAGUAUUGCAACUGAGUACCAAAAGAAGUCAGGUCUGAGACUAGCUCUUGAAUUUAUAGAACGUGUAAAUGACCAUCGGUUACAUCUAAAGAAAGCUAUUAAACUGGUGAAUAAAGCUACCCUCAGCUUUAAAGAAGUCUCCGAUAAUGAACACUGGGUUUCUAUGACUCUCUUGCAACUUCUUAAUUCUCAUUGGUCUAUUCCGACAGAUAGUGAAUAUAAUUAUUGCGUAAGCCUCAUACUUAAAAAAUCACUCCCCUUACAUAGGGGCUGUGACAUUUCAGAAUCAAACGGCACAAACAAAAUAGAAGCAACGCACCCAAACCACAAUCAACAAGAAGAUUAAGGUCAGUGAAACAAUCUGAGUUCAGUGAUAUCUCAAUCAGCAUUCGUCAAAGGACUUUCAAACUGUGGACGGAACGUUCCAAAAAGCACUUUAGAGGUGAUGUGGCUCAAAAUCAAUCUCACUGACACACAUGCAUCUACAUCACUUUCAUCUUAGUCAUCAUAUCGCAAUUUCUAUUGUUUUUCACCGUUUUCCUUUCAUGAUUUUUGACUACACUUUUUUCCCUAUUUCCCCACCUUUCCUCUUGCCGUCCUCUUUGAUUUGUUGAUGCGGGAUGUCCCAACUUGAACCGUUACACAAUAACACCAGGCCUCAUUUUGAUAUUAACUGACUGAAAG